UGCUAUUCCAGCCAGCGAAACGAUCCCAGAAAGUUAUUUGGUGGUUGUAAAUAUAUAGCUCGGAUUUGUUUCCGCGGACUUCGGCUCAACCAAACCAUGAUCUCCGUCUCCUUCAGGUCCCAUCAUGAACCUGGUGUGCCGGUAGCACAGUGCCACACACAGAGAGGCAAUGAUGACUUUUUCGAUUUCAGAUCCAACAGCCUUUUGAUGGAUGGAUUGACUCCUCGGUUGGGACAUGUAUAGGAUACUACGGCCAAUUCAAACAUCAUGUUGAGACGAUCAAGCCUGGAGCAUCGCCUAUCUCCAAGGCCUCUUAAGUCUUCAAACGUUUAGUCUCCACCUCGAUCUUUCCUCCCGUCUUUCAACACUUGGACACCAAACUUACGCCUCUUUUAACCCUAGAAGAUACAUAUAGUAGUUUUCUUUAUUUAUCCAUCAGCGCCUUCUUGUCUUGAGACAAGGGUUCCUGCCAACAAUUGCCCUUUCAAAAAGUCCACUCAGAUCGCAUUUUCCACAUCCCUUUUUGCCUGUCACCCCAGAGACAUCCAUCAUACACCUGUGAUUCUACAUACAUACUUCUUUCGCUUGUUCAGCCCCCCUGCCCAACCAUCAAUCAAUUCCAAGCGACCUUGAAAUUUGAAAACUCUUGAUCACAAUCGAAAACAAGAUGAGUCAGGCCAUCUUCGAGGCACCACCAACACAGACUGAGAGCCGAUUGCAGUUCGGAAUGCCAACCGCGUUGGAGCUCCAUCGGCUUGAAUUACUACGAGCAGCAUCCCAUCAUCUCCCAAGCAUCCCGCCCAGCAAUCCUUGGGCUUGUCUGGCUUUCCGACAAAUCUCUCAUCGGUUAAUCGGCUGGGAUCAGCUCUAUCCUGAACGCACCGGCCAAGAACAUAUUUUCCAAAAUUAUUUCGAAGAAUCUCGACUUGGACCUGAAUUGUUAUACGCCAUUUAUCCCCGCACAAUCCUUCACUGGAAUUCUGUACCGACGUUAUCAGAUACGAUUAUCUUUUCGAAUCUAGAUCAGCAUCCAAAUCAUCCAGCUGGGAAAAUUGAGAAAGUCGGGGAUUGCCAAUCGAACGAGACUUCUAGUUCGUCUGAUGGCUCAGACAGCUCAAUCAUCAACUCGGAUGAUGCACACGAAGACGAAGGACAAGAGCCACUCAUAAAUGUCUCAGUUGCUCGACCUUCCUUAAUUCUCCAACCCAUGAUCCAGUUGCCCGUCAUGAAUUAUUCUUUUCAACUUGAAAGCCACUCUCAGCCAGCUGCGAUAACGCAUCAACCGACCAGCUCGUCUUCGUCCAACUCUCGCUACCGGAAAUCGCAUUUGAUCGAGUCCUCUUUCGACGGAAUGAUCGAUUUUAAAAGGCGCAAGAUUCAACCGGCUUGAUGCACUCCUGGGCACUUUUUUGGGUGAUUGUCUCGAAGAAGCCGGAAAAAGGAUACGCCCGAUUGACAUCGAAAUCGAACGGGUCGUAAUUCGAUGAUGAAGUAACGGUUCCUUCAAUUCAAAUUAAACACUGGACAUUUUCAUUUCGCUUCUUUACAAUCGCAAAUCUGACCAUCUCGAGAUGGCCGAUUUGUUUUUCUAUGGACACUUGUGCUUAUUUGAACAAAUAUAUAUAAAGUCAUACUUCAAGCUAUUUUCGGUGUUUUUUUCCUUGAGCGUACAUUAGUUUUUUUUUGUAUUUAUUCUGCGUGUGCUGUUCUGGUGGUUGGUCUUUCUUUGUGGGCUUCAGGACACCUAGGGACCUCUUCAAUAAGUGAAAGAUACUCCUGCUCAUUCCCAUCUUUCUUUAGAUCAACUGUGACCUGUUUCUUCAUGCUUGCUUUCAAGAAUUGAAUGACAUAAUAGACCUGGGCAAUUGUUUAUUUUAUUUUUAUGAAACAAUUCAUCUUCACAGAUCAAGAUGAUCAGGAAUAAGACACAGUGUGAUUAGAAUGGUUCACAGGAAUUUU